AUGACAGAAACAAACAAUGAUGGCGCUGCAGCCACUGAGGAUCUCUCGCCGGCUGCUGCCAAUUCCAGCGCCGCGCCGAAAGCCGCAAAUCCCAUUGUGACCAAUCCAACCGUUCCUCUCACAUCGCAUCAAGAUUCUGGGCAAGGAAAACGACCGCGCGACGCGCGCCUCAUUCAUUUACUGCUCUCCUCCAUGGGAUGUACGGCUUAUCAAGAACGGGUGCCGUUGCAACUCCUCGAUUUCGCAUACCGCCACUCCUCGUCCAUCCUCUCAGACGCCCUUCAUCUCUCGUCUGAUGCCUACAUUUCACAACAAACUCGCGCACGCGAUGCACCUGUCGGUGGACACAUGAGAGAUGAUGGUCAGGUCAGCGCCAACGCCGUACAGCUGGCCAUACAAAGUCGAUUACAAUAUCAGUUCGGUGGGGGAAAUGGCGCCAGUGGUUUGAGCAAAGAGUUCUUACUAGAGCUAGCACAGGCUCGUAAUCGCGUGGCCUUACCUCGGGUAUUGCAAAAUGAGUGGGGCGUGCGGCUACCAAGUGAGAGAUUCGUGUUGACGGGUGUGCCAUGGGGACUGAGGGGGGACUGGGUGCUCGAGGAAGAAGAGACAAGUACAAACAACGCUGGCCCUGAUAACAAUGAGGCAAUGGAGGGUGUCGAGAUUAAAGAUGAAAACAUUGAGGAAGGAAAUGAAGAAGGAGGAACCAUGGAUGAUUUAUUUGGCGCUACCACUGACAUUGACGUAGAUAUGGACAAGGAAGAAUGA